UACCUUUGGCUGCUGCGAGAUGGAAUGGUAGGCUACAUCCGAGUUUAAGUUAAGCUUCGCUUGUGGCAAUUAGGCCUACAGUAGGCUACAUGUCGCUAUUUCCAUUCAACAACAAUUAAAUCAGGAUUGUUGUGUUGAUACGGUGUAGGCUACAGUGGAAAAUAUUAACGUGUUGCAGAAAUCAGCUAACCUAGUCAAAGGUUUGUCAAAGGCAUACAUGUUGUCUGUUGUUGCCUAUGUGCAUCGUAUUUUAAAGCUCGCAAAUAAUAUUAGAAUAUUAAUGGAUAUGAAAGCAGACUUGAAAUCAGUGCCUCUGUCAAAGCACACAGAAGGUGUCCGGUGUUUAGGCCUACAUGUCCAGAACUGGCAACUGUCUGAGAACCUGAAAACUUUUUUCAGUUCUGCAAAGGAAGUAAUUAAUACUGAGGAGGAUAUUUUAUACUUUUACCUUCAUUCAAAAAAAAAUGGGACCCCCAAAGAGAAUACACAGGAAGUUGUGUACAACGGCUUGAAAAAUCAAGGAGCAACCUGCUAUCUGAACUCAGCUUUGCAGGUUCUCUUUAUGACCAAAGAGUUCCGACAGGCAGUAGAAAGUUCCCAGAUUCUUUCAAAUGAUCAGGUAUUUUACCAUCUGCAACAACUAUUUAAAGAUCUAAAAAGUGAUUGCGUGUCUCCUGUCAACAUAACUAGAAGUCUCUCCAUUGAAAACGUUUGUAAACAGCAAGAUGCGGUGGAGUGGUUUGAGAAAAUCUUGAGUGCCGUAUCACAGGAUGUCUCCCAGGUCUAUGAGGGAAGAUGGCAAAAAACACUGAGGUGCCUGAAGAGAAAUCAUGACGCAUGUCAUGAAGAUAACAAUUUUUUUUCACUUCCACUCUCCAUUGAUGCUGAACAUAAUGACGUUUUCAAUGUGGUCAACGGUCUUCAAGCCUUCUUUAAAACCACAAGGUUUGAUGAGGACGACUGGAUGUACUGUGAUGACUGUGAUGAGAAAACAGACACUGAAAUUAGUUUCAGUGUUCAGAAGUAUCCCACGAUACUGAAUCUGCACCUCAAGCGCUUUUACUUUGACUACAUGACAAUGGGAUAUCAGAAGAACUGCUGCCCUGUGGACAUCCCCCCUACUCUGGACUACUUUGAGAGUUGCACAUAUGACCUGUAUGGCGUCAUCAACCACAGUGGUGUGUAUGGAAGUGGACACUACUGGGCCAACAUUAAGUCUUCUGAGAAUAAUAACUGGUAUUCCUUUGAUGACUCUCACGUGGCAAAGAUCGCAGACACAGACUUCUUAGAAAGGUCAAGGACUGCAUACAUGAUUGUGUACAGGAAAAGAGAUUUGUCAUCUCCUCAGCAAGAAGAAACCAACAUGAAGAGCAGUCCUGUGGAAUCCCUCGAGACCGCAACAGCAGAAGAGAUGCUUGAGGAAAUUAAGAACAACACAGCUUCCGAAAAACAAACCUACACACCUGACAAUGUUUUGACACAGCAAAUUGACCAUUCACACCAUUCACCUCAUCUUGUCAUGCCAACAAAGAUGAAGGUAUCUAAGCAGAGGAGGAGAUCCCAGAGGUCUGGACCGUACCAACAUAAUCUUUUGAAGGAGGCCGCAGAUCGGACAGGCAUGGAUGGACAGACACACCGCGUCCUGAACUUCCUGGAGAACUAUGUAGCAGCACAUCAGCACAGUGCACGUUGCUGCAGGGAUCAGUGUGAGAUACUAGCCCAACAGAAGUGGAAAUGUUCCUUGCUUUCUGGCAGGGCAGGUGGGGCGGUGCAAAGCCUAAUUGGUCAGGUCCACCCUUUCCUCAUAGGACUGGCACCCAGGACACUAACAGUGGAUAUAUAAAAGAGCAUUUGUUAAAAAUAUCCAACAUAAUACAGUAUGUAAAACUUUUAAACCACGUUCAUAGAUAGCUGAUAGAUGAGUGAAACCAAAAGCUGUCCUUACUGAUUUGUACUCACAGUACCCAGCUGCAAUCACUAUGGCCAUGGUCUCCUCAAAAUGGCUCUGCUCCUCUACUGUCAAGAUGGUGAGCCGACAGAGUUCCUUGUAGGGCAGUCAGCUCCACACUUCUCCAGUGUGCUGUCCUUCAAGGCAGGGCUGAUGAACUUGUACUGACCCUGGGAAGGAAUAGUUUUAUGAAGAAUUGGACAGAGGAAUAACCCCAGGUCCUGAACUCUCAGUUUGAAUUUUCCAUAAUCAAGUUGCUGGUGCUGAUUAAACUGAAUAAGGACCAGAGUGUUCCAGCCAUACCUGGUCCAGUAGACUGCAGCACCAGGCCGUGAGAGACUGCGGUGUGACUGCAUGAUCACAAGACUUUUGCCCUCAAGGAGUCCGGGUCAUUACCCAGAUCUGAAAAUUACACAAAGAGGUAAAUUACCAUAAACAAACACUAAAAUUAAGGUAUAGUUGGCAUACAAGAUAUAGAAAUUGUUUUCAUAGGGUUGGCAUGGCAAUAGGCCUAAUACAAAUUUGGGCUGUUUCUUCCUUUGGUUUCUUGUACUGCUCAAAUGUUUCAUUAUAAAUAACAAAUGUUCAGUUUCCUACAUUUUGAUAAUACCUGCAGAUUAAAUAAAUGGUAAGAGAUAUAUUUAAGAGGCCCACAUAUUGUGUUGAAAGUCGAGUUGGGUUAUGUGUAAAAAAAAACACCACACAUUAGAAACAUGAUUAGAAACGAUGGCCAUUUUAACAUAGUGCUUGCUUUAACAUGAUAAAUGCUUCAACAUAACACAUGUUGUCUUCAGCAUGACGUGUUACAUGACAUUUUGAUGAGCAGGCUACUUGCUGUACACAUAAGACCUGCUACUGUAGAGGUAAGAUAUAAUGUAUGAUACUUGCUUAUAUCAUCUCUCCUUUUCAUACAUUUCAGAGUUGGAUGGGCUGGAUCAUAUCUUUUUUAGUGCUCCUGAUGUUGCAUCUUCUUGUAAUCAACGUUGACCUUCUUGUCCAUGAUUCGAUGAUGAGAGACUCUCUCAUCUGAAGUUCUCUUUCAAUAACCUACUUCAAAAAGAGA